GCUGGUGCUGGGGCCCCCUUGAAUGGACCCCAUCCAGAUGGGGUAGAGAUCCCUGCAAAUCUUUGCUGCGAUGCUUCCCCCACCCCUCUCUCCAGCGUCCGGGCUCGGCUAAAUGAGCUCUGGAUGUCCUUUGGCGUAAGGCUUCCCAUUUCCAAGCCAGCCUGGCAUUGUGUGGCUUUUCCUUCCACCACCCACCCUCACCCUCCAGCUGGGCGAAGUUGGCACGGCUGCAAAAGGCGGCCAUCUGCAUUGCGUUUUGGGGGGGGGGGUGCAUUGGCGCAGCCAAGUCCGAGCCCCCCCCCUUCCUCCUUCUCCUUUUGUUCCUGGGGGCCUGCUGCCGGCAGAGGAGGCUCUGGCUGCCGGAGGCUAUGUCCUACUACGUGUUUGAGGGCCAAGGAGCAGCUCAUUCUCCUUCUACCAGUAUGGCGGGCUCGGGCCAGUACCGACACCUGAUCAAUGACUACGGACCCCCCUCUCUAGGCUACACCCAAGGAGCGCAGGUAUCAUUCACGCCAGAGGCCUGGUCCGAGAAUGUUUAGCAGAGACGGAGAGAAAUGCAAGAUCUUAAAAAGAUCCCUUCCUCUGGAAAAACACAGACCGAUCCUUCCAUCUGGCAAUUCCGCACCUCUUCUUUCUAGUUUGGGAUAGUUCCCUUUGCAAGGACGGGGUGGCCGAAGAUUUCUGUGCCCCGUUGAAUUCCUGCUCCCAUUCAGACGUUUUUUUCCCCUAUCCUCUCACAAACUGACUUCGGACCGUUUCUGCAAGCACCAUCCUGGAUUUAUCCAUCCUACAACGACGAAAAACCCACCAACCACCCCUUGAAAGAACGCAAAUUGUUCCGAGGGCUGGAAGUUUCUUUUUCCUUCUUUUUCUACCCAAAUUCUGCCCCUAAUCGGGAACAAGCUUUGCCUCUUUUAAGCUGUCAUCUGCACCCAACAUCCCCUCUCAAACUUUCCGCAAUCGCUUUCCAGACCUCGCGCCCCUCUUAAGGUCCAGUUCUCAAGUCUGCGCUCGGGGUCAGCGGAAAGAUUCCUUGCAGCUUUCUAGAGAUCCCUGGCUGAAAUGAAGCUGGACAGGCUCCCUUAUCAGAAAUCCCGCUGCGUUACUGACGUUUUUCUACACAAUGCAUCAAUGGUUUGGCGUGCGUGGAGGAGAAAUCCAUACCGUUACACCAAUGAGCUCUGGGGCAGCCACCCCAAACCCCAGAAUUCUGCAGAAACGCACCCAGGUAAAUACUUAAGAUUUGCAGAGUAAGCCUUUUUUUUUUCAGGGGGUGGAAAAAGUUGCCUUAAUUGCCCCAAAUUAACUUGCCUCCCAACUCAACCGUUUCAGGAAUUGUUUUUAAGCUGGAAGAAUUAUAAUGUUCCCUGCCAUCUGCUCUUCGAGCGCCAUAAUCGUCCGGAUUACUAUUCCUUUGGCACGCAGAUCAUAAACGUUAUCUUUUAAAAGGUCCCUUCCUUUGCAUGAGUUUUCCACAACCCAUCCCCCCCCCCAAAAUUGCAAUUUUGCCUCUUUGUAUGUAUUUAUUACUUAAUGUAAUAAAGCUUAUUUUCAGUAA